CAAUUCCCAACAUGCCCCGGAGUUAUUUCCUUGUUGGGUCAGCUGAUGCGAGGCUUCGCCCUGCUUUGCGAGGGGAGCGUCUGGCUAGAAGGUUGUGAUGCUGCGCCCCAAGGCCCUCACGCAGGUGCUGAGCCAGGCGAACACGGGAGGAGUCCAGAGCACUCUCCUUCUGAACAAUGAGGGCUCUCUCCUUGCAUAUUCUGGUUACGGAGACACAGAUGCCAGAGUCACAGCUGCCAUCGCCAGCAAUAUCUGGGUGGCUUAUGACAAGAACGGGCACCAAGCGUUCAAUGAGGAUAACUUGAAGUUCAUCCUAAUGGACUGUAUGGAGGGGCGUGUUGCCAUCACCCGCGUUGCCAAUCUGCUCCUGUGCAUGUACGCGAAAGAGACGGUGGGAUUUGGCAUGCUGAAAGCCAAGGCUCAAGCUCUGGUCCAGUACCUCGAAGACCCGCUCACCCAGGUGGCUGCCUCCUGAGCAGGUGAUGGAGGCCAAAGGCGAGGCCGACCUGCUGCACCCGUUUCCUGAGUUUCAGAACAAGCUCUUGCACCGAGGUGACCCUGUGGACUCUUACUUCUCUGCAGCCUUGAUGAGCGCUGGGCGCAGGCACUUGAGUGUGUUUCAGGAAAAGGAAAAUGGCAGUGGGAGGGGGAAAUAAAAAAGCGUGUUCUUA